ACUGGCUAAACGCAUCAUAUAUACAUACCUGCAUACUCUCUGUUAGAGAGGCUCGAUAUUGGCAUUGAUGUGUGUAUUGCGAGCCGAGUUGUCGACUUUCAAAUACGUCUAACACAAUAUACAACAGUUUUUGAAGAUACAAAAGCGGCACUGAAGAACUGUUGCUAGAUAGACUUUUUUUAAAAUUUUGCUACAUUGAGGGGAGUGUCUAUCACUUAUACGAAUACACUCUCUCUUUUUGUGGAGCGCAAAAAUAAAGCGUGAAGAUCAGUCUGAAUGGUAUUUACCGCUAAUUUUUUUCUCUAGCUAGGUCGAUUUUAGAGACGCUAUGAUAGUAUCCAUUUUCGUCAAACUUAUGUCUUUGAGACAGGUGGAUGGAUUUUGGGCGAACCACGCUGAAUCUAUGCGAAAGCUUCAGAACGGGCCCAACAUUGAUGCCUCUGGUAGCCUCAGACUCGUCUGCUCUUUUUGAAGCCGUUCUCACAUUCAAAAUAGUCAUGUGUAGCUUGGUAGGAGAAAAUGCCUUCAGUUGGGUAAAACCCUCUUUCAUGAACGAGAGCAAAAUCAAGUCUGCGAUAGGUCUUAAUAAUUUUUCGGUAGAACGAGUUGGCUUCGCAUACAAAACCCUACAAGCAGAGGGAUUUGGUUGCAUUGAUGAUAGAGUUUGUUCAAACUCGACUUGAAGUUCGUUAUCUCCUAUCAAUGCGUCGAUUUCUGGGCUCAAAGAGUUAAGCAAAGCUUUGGCCUCUUCUACCCUGGAUUCAGAGUUGAGGACAAGCAUGGCAAUUGUGAUGUGCAACUUACUGGUAUCUAUAAGGAAGGGAUCCAGGUACGGGCAAAAGGGCAGCGAUUUGAUUUCGGAAUAUAAACAUUCAACGUUUUUUUGAAGAGCUGGAUCGGUCAUGGGAAUACUGAUGAAAUAAUUUGGAACGUCACAAGAGGAUAUAGCGGCCUUCUCGGCAGUGAUAAAUUGGGCGUUAGAAUCAGUCUGGGUGGUGGUGUCAUCAUCGACCUGUUCACGUCCAAUGGGUUCGGUCGUGCCCCCGUUUUUCGGGAUGCAAGAACGCGAUCGAAAUGGGAAAGAGCGUCAAUAUGGAUGUGCUUGGAAUGCGUCUGUCUUUUCAAUAGGUAAAGAGCUUACGUGACCAAAAAGGGCAGAAUCAGUGGAUGGUACAACAAGGUCAUCGCCUGUAUGUGUAGGAAAAAUACCGUUGCGCCGAAAAGGAAAAGAAAGAGUCAGCGCGUACGCGAGAGAGGAUCGGCGCAUUGCGAAACCUAGUUUUUAACUCCCAGCGUAUUCGUGCAUAAAUGAGAAGGACGCACCGGACGAUGUAUGACGAUCUUCUUGCUGGCUAUUUUCCGUUGUCCUAAGCGAAUCAAACACCCUAUAUUGAUGGCCUGCAACCUCUAUAAUUCGAAAAGAAUCUUCUGACACGUCGUCGAGUGCAUCACCCAUCUUGGUUUAAAAGUGUAAAAGUGCGAUUGAAGAAUUUUGGUUCAUAACGCCCACUUAGAGUGGUACAUAUAAGGAAUGUGUAUCAAACGAUGGCCUUGUAUAUAAUACUAUUACAACACGACCUAUACCCCUGCACAAGCUAGGAUGAACAUCACAGACAUCCAUACCUAUUGUCUGGACAGCUGCACCAUUCGCGCACAUUUAGAAGUAGGCGGUAAUAGCCCCCGCCUUGUGAAGAAGGCAAGAGAGCGAAGGGCACCGGACAGAGGAACGCAUCUUUUUUCUUUCUAUGUUAUUUUUACUCGGACUCGCAGGAGAGGAACUAGAAAGGAAAGCGUAGCAGGGGUCAUUGAUUGCCGUGUCCAACCAUAUUUUCAUGUGUCGUGCUGUACCAUGUUAGAAGGAGGAGCAAGGUGACGACAUUUCAGAAGUAUUAGCAUGCCGCUGCCUUCACACCUAUAAAAAUUAUAGAUGAUUGCUAUAUCUUCCUUAUUGGCGCCGGGAUUUAUGUAUUUUGCUCAAUCUUAAGCUGUAGUACCAAUGACGGCCUCUUGUCAUCGUAUUGCGCGUUGCUGGUCCCAAAUUGCCUUACUCAUCCUUUUUGAAAAAUUUGGUACACUUCAACAAACACAAUUUCUUGGCCAUAUUUUUGCAUGCUUAUCAAAAAAGUGCAGGAUGGGGAGUUACGCGCUGUCCUUGCGGGACACACGACACAGAUCGGCAACUGGUGGUUACUAGAGAAGCUGAUUGAGCCGUACGGCCGAGCUGAAAGUGUUUCUACUUCUCUUUUUGUAUAGCGAUAAAUUUAUCCUCGCUUUAGGGCGCGAAGCCAUGAAUGCACCUAUCAAUGCUAGAAAUGAUCUGAGCGGCGUUCAACUUCCACAUGACGGGCCCAGCCAUUCAAGGAAUCCGUUCGAGAAGUUGUUUUAUGCGAGCGUUUUUAGAUAUUUUUUUUUGAGCUUCAAGAGACCUAUCAAUCACAGCGGCCUUUGGAGGCUGAGGAAGAAUGUGAGCUCACGUGGGUCUUGGGAGAAGUUUGUGUUGAAUUACAAGCACCCUGAGUCUAGAGAACCGAGUGCGAGUUUGCUCACGUCUUUGCUGAGGACUUUUUGGCCGCGUCUUGUGCUGUGCCUUGUGUUGCAAACAAUGUACAGCCUGGUGCAAUAUGCUAUCCCUCUUCUGUUUCCUUAUUUACUUGACCAUUUGAGGUCUCCUGGCCUUCCUAUGUGGCACGGGUUUGUAUACGUUGUGGCUAUGUACAUCUCAGUGGUCGUGGAUCUGAUCAUAUUCAACGUCAACUGCUACGAAAUCUACAAACUAGGCAUUCAGAUCCGGUCGGCACUGGUGGGAACCAUCUUUGACAAGGCGCUUUACAUCUCUCCGGGAACGAUUACGAGCAAAGGAGAAAUUAUCAACCUUAUGUCGACCGAUUCCCAGCUGAUUCUGGACACAUUUCCGCAAUUCAUCUUUGGAGCGGUGGCUCCUAUUCAACUCGCCAUCACUUUGGGAAUAUUGUACAGUUACAUUGGCCUGUAUUCGCUUGUUCCGUUGGGUGUGCUAAUUUCGGUACUCAUACCGUUUGUCUGUGUCUCCAAGUUCGUGCCGCGCGCGAGAUAUGCCUCUCAAAAGGCAGCCGACAUUAGAAUCAAGCUGGUUAACGAGUUCAUCAUGGCUAUACGCAUCGUCAAAUAUUACGCGUGGGAGAAACCUUUCUUGUCCAAGAUAGACCAAGCUCGAGAAAGCGAGAUCAAGUCGUUGCGUUGGGCGGCUCAGCUCAGAGCUAUUCUGAUAUCAAUGUUACUUUCGUUCCCCGUUCUUUGCUUAUCCGUGACGCUUUUUCUAUACACCUUUUCGAUAACUGAUCCAGACAUUUCCUUGAUUUUCACGUCGUUUACCUACAUGUCGUCGCUGAGGAUCGCGUUCAUUUGUCUGCCGCUCUCCAUCAUGUUCCUGAUCCAGUACGUCGUCUCGCUGAACCGCAUCCAGACCUACUUGUCGUACCCGGAGGUGGAGCCCAGCACGUUCGACAGCAGCAUACUCAGCGACGGCGUGGCCAUGUCGAUAGAAAACGGCAGCUUUACGUGGGAUUUUAGCGAAGCUGAGUCGAGGAAGGAGAGCCCCACGCUUAAGAACAUCAACGUCAAGCUGGAAUGUGGGAAGCUGGUCGCCGUGGUCGGGGGCGUUGGGUCUGGCAAGUCGAGCUUGUUGAUGGCUUUUCUUCAAGAGAUGAAAAUAUUGGACGGUACGCUUCGCGUUUCGUCGCCGAUUGCGUAUGCGUCUCAAGAGGCGUUCCUGAUCAACGCGACCAUUCGAGAAAACAUACUUUUUGGAAAGCCAUACCAGGCCGAGUGGUACAACACCGUCAUUCAGGCAUGUUCGUUGAGCCACGACCUAGAUCUGUUUCCGGCGGGAGAUAUGACCGAGGUGGUGGAGCACGGCUCCAAUCUGUCCGGGGGCCAAAAGCAGCGGUUGAACCUAGCUCGAGCCAUGUACUCGAACCGUGACAUAUACUUGUUCGACGACUCUCUGUCCGCAGUCGACUCCACCGUGUGCGAGCACCUUUUUCACAAUAUGGUGAUGUACUUGCAUCUCCAGAAGAAGACCAUUUUGAUCGCUUUGAAUCAGCUGAACUAUCUCCAAUUCAUGGAGUACAUUUACGUGAUGCACGACGGAAAGAUCAUCGAGCAGGGGACGUAUCAGGAGCUGCUCGAGUCUGGGGGCAAGCUGACUCAACUUCUGACAGAAUACGGAAUCGCGUCGCCGACGCAAGGAGGUGCUCCGUCGGAAAAAUCCAGGCAUCACAAGAAGUCCCUCUCCGCCCUCAAAAAAAAAGAAGAGCUGUUAGAAGAACUGAAACUAAGAAGAGAACAAGGCGCAAUCAUUACCGAAGAAAGAGCGCAAAAAGGUGUCGUCUCGUUGAAAACCUAUUUGUUUUAUAUGAAAUCCGGAUCACUACUAGUGUAUGGCAUGUUCAUAAUAGCGCAAAUAUUCAGAAUUCUAUUCAACGUCUAUUCAAACUUGUGGCUCGCAAGCUACUCCAACGACAAGGUCGCCUUUUCAGCCGACCCGCCCUAUUAUUCGUCCAUCUACCUGGUGCUCUCCAUUGGCGAGGUCUUGUCCACGACCGUCGCCUGCUUCAUCGUGAUCGCCUUUGUGAUAAACGGGUCCAGAAACAUUCACCGAAAAUUGAUAAAAUCGAUCUCUCAUGCCACGUGCUCGUUCUACGACAAGACGCCGAUCGGGAGACUUCUGUCUAGGUUUUCGAAGGACAUCGGCUUUGUCGACACCUUGCUUCCUUGGCAGCUUGAACAGGCUACCAGCUUGUUGUUUUUGACACUCACCUACAUGAUCAACGUGGCGAUCGGGUCCGCCUACUCUAGCGGCAUUGUCGUAGUCGGAUUUUUCAUCUACGUUGUGUUUUUGCUGCUAUUCCGAAACCCGGCGGCGCAAGUCCAACGCCUCGAAUCCACCUCCCGCGCACCUGUGUUCACUAUCUUUUCGGAAACUCUGGAAGGACUGCCCGUUAUUCGCGCAUUCAAGAUGCAAGAGGCGUUCAGGUGCGCCAGCUUUAUUAGACUCGACAGCAACUCGGUCGACUACCUGGGACUCCGGUACAUCUUCCAGGGGUUCAACUUGCACCUGUGCCAGAUGUUCAACGUCAUCCUUCUUUUGGUCAUGCUGACGUUCGUGUUGGUCAAGAGCUACGCUCCAGAAUCAUUCGCCGUUGAUCUCGUUGCGAAUUCCCUGGGAAAUUCUGUCGUCCUCGUCGCCAUUUUGUCCGCGUUCAGCUUCAACUUUAUAGAGUUCGAAGCGAGGAUGAAUUCGGUCGAGCGCAUCAUCGAAUACGAAAAGGUGGACCAAGAAUCGAACUACCAAGACUCGGAAAGCAAAAUAUAUCCCAGUUGGCCGGACAAAGGAGAGAUUGUUUUCAAAAACCUUACCAUUGAAUACCGGCCGAACGAACCUGUCAUCAAUUCUCUAUCUUUUCACAUUCGCGCGAAGGAGAAGAUCGGCAUUGUAGGAAGAACAGGCGCCGGCAAGUCCACCCUCAUAACGGCAUUGUUUCGCAUCACGGAACCAGUGUCGGGCAACAUUGUCAUCGAUGACAUCGACAUUAUGGGUUUGAGUCUAUUCGACCUUAGGUCGAGACUCUCUAUCAUUCCGCAAGUCCCGCAAAUUUUUCUGGGUACUGUUCGAUAUAAUUUGAGUCCGUUCGGAGAACAUACCGACGAACAGCUCUGGUCCGUGCUCAAGAUGGUUUCUCUGGACCACGUGGUCAGAAACAUGCCUGGUAUGCUGGACGCCGAAGUGGACGAGGGUGGGGGCAACUUCAGCGUUGGACAACGACAAAUGAUCAGCAUGGCGCGAUGUCUUUUGCGCGACACAAAAAUCCUUCUGUUGGACGAAGCUACUGCUUCUCUCGAUAUAGAGUCGGACACUCUCAUUCAAACGAUGAUCAGGAAGCAUUUUGUCAAUCGGACGGUCAUCACCAUUGCCCACAGGCUGAUCACCAUCAUUGAUAACGAUCGAGUCAUGGUUUUGGAUUCUGGAAAAAUUGUGGAGUUCGACAGCCCGAAGGCUCUUCUGGACAAAAAAGACGGACAUUUUUACAAGAUGGUUUUGGCGACUGGACCAGAGACAAUGAGACGUCUCUACGAUUUGGCGAACAAGAAGAGAGCAUAUGAAGAGGUGAUUUUGGAUGAUCCAGACAUUCUAGAUACCUCAGAGAUAAUGUAGUUCAUAUGCUGGAAGGUGAUAUGACUUUUCGUAGCUUGA